AUCACACCACCAAAUACGUGAGAGAAAGAUUUCGAAGUUUUAUUUUAGUAGUACCUAGGGUUGUGGGGCUGGACGCAAGGCGGUGGAGUCGCCAUGGUUCACAAGAAGGAGAUGCUCAAGGUAAAUCCCAAGAUGUUCGGGCCCAAGGCACAGCCGUGCAUGAACGAGAUGAUGGCAUUUCUGGCCUGCCUCAAGAGGACCAAUUUCAACGACGAUCUGUGCAUCAAGGAGAAAGAAGCCCUGAAUGCUUGCGUUGAGUUCCAGGCCAGGGCGCCCAAAGUGAAGACCACCAUCAACUAUCACCUGCAGCGGCUUGGGAAAUACUUCAAAAAGUGAGAGCUGCAAACGGACCCUCUUUUCUUUCUUGGCUCCGGUUUCGAGCACAGAAGAUCUGGCAUUUUGUCAUUUGUUAAGUAACUGAAAGGUAACGCGCCCUUGCGCGAUUCCGGCCA